GCCGGCGGAGACGCAGCGCGGCUGCUCGCGACCGCGACCCGGACCCCGACCCCCACCCCGACCCCGACUCGGACUCCGGCUCCGCGGCUUCGUUCGCCAUGAAGCGGCCAAAGUUAAAGAAAGCCAGUAAACGCAUGACUUGUCAUAAGCGGUUCAAAAUCCAAAAGAAGGUUCGCGAGCACCAUAGGAAAUUGAGAAAAGAAGCUAAAAAACGGGGCCGGAAGAAGCCUAGGAAGGAUCCAGGAGUUCCAAACAGUGCUCCAUUUAAGGAAGCUCUUCUCCGUGAGGCCGAAUUGAGGAAACAGAGGCUUGAAGAACUGAAACAGCAGCAGAAACUCGACAGGCAGAAGGAACAUGAAAAGAGAAGAAACCUUGGCAGUGCGCCCAGUAUUGAAGCUUCGGCUGUGGAGGCGGUGGGCGAGGGGAAAGAAAAACACAAAGCCAAGGCAGUCAAACAGAAUCCGAAGAAAUUAUACUGUCAGGAACUUAAAAAGGUGAUCAAAUCCUCUGACGUUGUGCUAGAGGUGUUAGACGCCAGAGACCCUUUAGGCUGCAGAUGUCCCCAGGUAGAGGAAGCCAUCAUCCGGGGUGGACAGAAGAAGCUGGUACUUGUGCUAAAUAAGUCAGAUUUGGUCCCAAAGGAGAAUUUGGAGAGCUGGCUAAAUUAUUUGAAGAAGGACUUGCCAACGGUGGUGUUCAGGGCCUCAACGAAAAUGAGGAGCAAAGGAAAGGCAAUCAAGGGAAGGAAGAAAGCUGCUUUGUUCAAAAGUGAAGUCUGUGUUGGGAAAGAAAGUCUUUGGAAACUCCUAGGAGGUUUUCAAGAGGCUUUUGGCAAAGCCAUUCAGGUUGGAGUAAUUGGUUUCCCAAAUGUGGGGAAAAGUAGCAUCAUCAAUAGCUUAAAACAAGAACACAUAUGUAAUGUUGGUGUGCCCAUGGGACUUACAAGGUGCUUGCAGCGUGUACCUCUGAACAAACAGAUCACCGUCCUAGACAGUCCGGGCUUCAUCGCCUCUCCACGGAACUCUGCUGCGGCGCUUGCUCUGAGGAGUCCAGCGAGUAUUGAGGAGUUAAAGCCCCUAGAAGCUGCUAGUGCCAUCCUGUCCCAGGCUGAUGCUCGGCAGGUUGUAUUGAAAUACAAUAUCCCAGAAUUUAAGAAUCCUCUGGAGUUUUUUACUUUUCUUGCACAGAGAAGAGGAUUUCACCAGAAAGGUGGAAACCCAAACAUAGAAGCUGCCGCCAAGCUGCUGUGGUCAGAGUGGACGCGCGCCUCCUUAGGUUACUACUGCCACCCCCCUACAUCCUGCGGUCCUCCGCAUUUCAGCGAAAGUAUCGUGAGAGACAUGCAGCGUGGCGUGAACCUGGAAGAACUGGACAACAGCAACACGCAGAGCAUUCAAGCCCUGAAGAGCACUCGCUUAGCCAGCAGCGUCCUCUUCCACUCCUCGGGUAUGACAAACGGAAUAACAGAAGAAAGCGAUAUACCUGAACAGUUGCCAAAACAAAAGAAGGGUGAACUGGACGACCACGAAGACAGUGACAGUGACCAGGACAGUGCGGAGGGUGCUGACGAAAAGGACUCGAACAUGUCCUGUGCAGAAGAGGCGUGGGAGGCGCUGCCUGAGGAGUCUCACACAGAUGAGGAGUGUGCAGAUCCUAAGGACUUGGAUAAAGUGACUGAAGAGGGGGAAGAUGACAUGUAUGACUUCAGUACAGACUACGUAUAAUUCCUCCACAAGGGCAUUUCAUUUUUAAACAGUUCGAGUAACUGCUGAGCUGUUCUCAGAUGUACAGAUGUGUAAAUUUUGUGAACAUGUAUAAUA